CAGUUGCAGAUACCCGGCAUCGGAAUCGGCGUCUCGACGCUCGCCGCCGCCGCAAAACGCGCUUUUUACGUGUUCCGAAAGUCAUGUGGGUGCCGCCGCGGCCGUGAAAAUGGACACAAGUAAUUUUUUUCGCCGCAGAUAAGAGAUCGUCGAGGGAGGAUUAUAACGUGGCCACCCCAUUUGUGAUGUGCGAGGGUUCAAUGGAUGAUAACAGAGGAGGCGUUACUUCCACUAAUACCACCACGGACAUGCAGUCCACUUCCAACGAGGACGACCAGGAUAAAGACCAAGGACGAAGGGAGUACCGGACCAAGGCUCUCUGGAAAAAUGCCGUCAAAAGGCUGUCCAGCGAGAGGAAGAAAAGGCGGGACUUCGCCUCGAUAGCCUUCGCUAUGAUGCACGCGAAGGACGCGGAAGAGAAGGCGGCGAUCAAGCAGGUACCUGAUGACGGCAGUAGGUGGAGGCGGUGUUGUAGAGGGAUGCUCUUGCAGGACAGCACCGACAUGAGUUUGAGCAAUCACGUGCAAGGACCCCCGAGCAACAACAGCUCGCUCAGGAAUGGGAAACCCGACGAAACUUUGGACUAUUUCAAUGGGUACAACGACUUUUACGAAAUCGAGGAGUCGAUCGAGGCUGCACAAGAAGACUUCGCGAGUGUCUUCAAGCGCGGGCUCAUGUACAAGGGCAUCUACUGGCCCAGUUUGACCAAUAGCUUCCAGUGCAAGCACUUGGAGUUGGCGUACCUCCGAUACUCCCACCGCCAAAGACAGAAAGCUUUAAUCAUCGUCAACAUCGUCGACUUGCUCCUGAAGGCUGCCCUCAUCGUCGUCUGCGUGGUCGCCAAACAAGACGACACCUUCGACAAUAACACCCAGCAGCGCAUCAUUUGGUCCGUGUCUUGCAUGUCCAUCAACAUCGCCAUCUGUAUUCUGGGCUGGUGGAGGUGCUUCGCUAACAACUACCUCCACUGGGCGGCCGUGUGCACCUGGUUACUUCUGACCACACAAAGUUGUUUCGUCGGCUAUGGAUUCGGGUUCACCGUCAAGGAAGACCUAGUGUGGUACGUCCUCUUCACGGUGUUCGUCCCCUACGCUAUGUUGCCGCUACCCUUGCGCUGGUGCAUGAUCGCUGGGUGUCUCUCAGCAGUCGGCCACAUCAUCGUCAUCUCCGUCGAGCUCUUCGACAAGGACUACAAUUACUCAGAUGACGACAAAGAGUGCAAAAUUAGACGGAUCAUCGCCAAUAGUAUUUUGUACGUGGCGGUGAACUUUGCCGGGAUGUACACCAAGUACUUGACGGACCGCAGUCAAAGAAAAGCGUUCUUGGAGACCCACCGCUCCAUGGAAACCCGGUACCGAACGCAAAGCGAAAACGACAAACAAGAAAAAUUAUUGGCUUCAGUACUCCCCGACUUCGUCGCCAAGGAGAUGAUCAAAGACAUAGAACGCGAGGAGCGAGGAGGGGUAUUCCAACCCCACCAGUUCCACAAAAUCUACAUCCACCGCUACGAAAACGUCAGUAUUUUGUUCGCAGACAUCAAAGGCUUUACAGCCUUGGCUAGCCAAUGCAGCGCCCAAGAACUUGUCAAAAUCCUAAACGACUUAUUCGCGAGGUUCGACAAGCUAGCCACCGAGAACCACUGUCUUAGAAUCAAGUUGCUAGGGGAUUGUUACUACUGCGUCUCGGGUUUGCCCACGCCUAGGUCCGACCACGCCCACUGCAGUGUCGAAAUGGGACUACACAUGAUCAAAGCCAUCAGAGACACACGCCACAAAACACAGGUUGACCUUAACAUGCGGAUCGGAAUUCACUCGGGCUCAGUUCUGUGUGGCGUGCUGGGUCUGCGAAAAUGGCAGUUCGACAUCUGGUCGUACGACGUGCUUCUGGCCAACCAUAUGGAAUCUGGAGGCAUUCCUGGACGGGUUCAUAUUUCCGAAAGCACCUACCAGUGCCUCAACGGCGCCUACGAGGUGGAGCCCGGCAGCGGCCAGGACCGCGACUCCUACCUGCGCGAGCACGACGUCACCACCUACCUGAUCAAGCAGGUCGAGCCCAUGCGGACCCGGCGGCGGCUGGCCUCCAGGCCCAGCAUCUUCUCGAAUAAGUUGUGGCCGGAGGACGAGCACGUCGUGAGCGGGUUGAGCUCGCCCAAGACGCCGUCGACGCCGGCGUCGCCGCCCCCGCAGGCCUCCAUCGAGCGGAGCGACAGCGGUAUUCAGCAGAGCACGGUCGAGGAGGAGAACACCACGGACUGGACGCCGGAGAUCCCGUUCGAGAAUCUCCACCACGCCCUCUCCGGCGACCUCGACGAAGACCUCGACUCCAUCAACUACAACAAGCAAAAAUACGACCUCUCCGAAUCGCGCAUGCGCAAACGCAACUCCACCUUCCCCUCCACCACCGAACAAGUCGACGACAUCAUCGACCACAGCAUCGAAAUCGAGAGCAACAAGCGCAUGCGCAACGCCAACGUCAACACCUGGACCCUCCGCUUCAUCGACAAAGACAUGGAGUACCAAUUCAGCCAACUGCGCGAGGACAUGUUCAAGUCCAACAUGCUGUGCUGCUUCAUCAUCUGGCUGCUCAUCGUCGUCUGCCAAGUCGUAGCCUUCCGCCAGCUCAACGACAUCGUCAUCGCCUUCCUUACCAUCACCACCUUAAUCCUGACCUCCACCAGCGUUCUGGUGAUGGCAGAGGAGUUCGAGCAGCUCCCGGAGUCCCUCCAGAAGAUCUCGUCCACGUUGGUGCACAAUCGGAAGACGCGAACUGCGUUCAUCUGCGGGGUCAUCGUCAUCAUGGCGCUGACCAGUUCCUCGAGCUUGAUUUUAAGCGAAGAGGAGGCGGAGGAGGCUUCAGUGGGCGGCAGGGAGGUGGGGGUGUUGUUGAAGCAGCCCCUCUUCAUUUCGAACUUGUCGGGGUUGUUUGAUAGCGAGAAGUUGGCGAGGUUGAACGCCUCGGAUAAGACCAAGGAGAUCUUGUGGGGGUGGAUCAGCGGGAAAAAUAUCGCAGUGGCGGAUUCUUCGAACAGACAAAAUUGUUCAGAGGACUGUGUUAAGUCUUUGGAGUUGUUGAGGAAUGUGGACAUCGACGAGUUGAUGAAGGAAGCCGAAAACAUAUCACUUCUGACGAACGAAACGAGUGCUGUUAUUAGUAGUAUCAACCAGAAGCUUCAACUCUUGAACCAGACUCUGGCAAGUAUCAAAAACGGGGAAGCUUUUAAUAUCACGAGAACAAAACGCUCAAUUCCGAACGACACGGAAAUCGUACUUCUCCCGGUACUGCUCCAGAGACACCCGACGAUAACCCGAGAGAACGAAAGCGGGUUUUCGGUACUCGUUCAAAGGAGUACUAAGACGGUCAACGCGUCCGCGGCUACCGACUUCUCGACGUGUCAACACCCUGAGUAUAUCGUUUUUACGUGGAUUCUCUGCCUCAUCGCUUUAGCCACAGCUCUCAAACUCUACUACUUGAUCAAGCUCUUCCUAGCCAUCGUCAUGUUGGCCGUCUACAUCGUACUAAUUCUAGUACCGUUUCAACGAGUGUUCCAAGAAGGCGACAAUCACAACGACAAUGACGAUAGUACGCCUUUAUCGGUACAGAUGUCGAUUCUUCUGAUUGUCUUCUUCCUCAUGGUGGCGUACCACGCUAGACUCGUGGAAGUAACUUCCCGUUUGGACUUUCUAUGGAAACAACAAGCCGAACGCGAGUUGAAUGAUAUGCAAGAAACGAGACACACGAAUACGCAGUUACUAAAAAAUAUCCUUCCGGAUCACGUCGCUCAACACUUUUUAAGUAAUGAGAGGAAUAGUGAGGAGCUGUAUUCCCAGUCGAGGGACGAAGUGGGGGUGUUGUUUGCGAGUAUUCCCAACUUCACGGAGUUCUAUUCUGAGGAUAUUAAUAAAGGGUUGGAGUGUAUAAGGCUCCUGAAUGAAAUUAUAGCCGACUUUGAUGAGCUUCUGGAUGAAGAUCGCUUCAGUACUAUUGAAAAAAUCAAAACUGUGAGUGCUACUGCGACUUAUAUGGCGGCUUCUGGGUUGAACCCUACCCACAAGGAUUGUCUCAACACGGAUAGUCCCGAGCACCUCUGCGCUCUCAUAGACUUCGCCAUAGCCAUGCGCCAAAAACUAGACGACAUCAACAAAGACUCCUUCAAUAAUUUUGGACUGAGGGUGGGAGUGUCGUGCGGAAGUCUAGUUUGUGGGGUAAUCGGAGCUAGGAAGCCCGUUUUUGAUAUUUGGGGGAACACCGUGAACGAAGCCUCCAGAAUGGAUUCAACAGGCGUCAUAGGCCAAAUACAAGUCCCGAAAUACACAGCUCAGUUGUUAGGUGUGCGCGGCUACGAAAUCAAGAAACGCGGAUCCAUCGAAGUGAAGGGCAAAGGCCAAAUGGAGACCUACUUCGUGAUGGGUCGCCAGCAAGGCAGACCGCCCAGUUUCCAGCGCCAACCCAGCCACUACAGUACAUUGGCGGCGGUCGUCUACGCCAUGGCGCAAACAAGGCGGAAACACACCGGACACACACCUGGAAGCUCCGCCCUUGGUCGGGCCCGCACCCAGCAGAAGAUCGACGUGGGUAAGAAGAUCAUCAACUACAGCUCCAUGCGCAUCCCCCACCGCGCCCCCGCCUACCCCAUCCGGCGCAACACCACCCGCGCCAACCAGCGCAACAUGCACGCCCGCUCCCAGCCCAACAUGCGCCAGCUCGGCGGCUCCGGCAGCCACCUGGAAAACAUGAAGGCGUACAAGUCCAUCGAGAAGGACGUCAUCGCCAACAACAUCAACAAGAUGAUGGUGUCGCAGUCCGCCCCGCACACCCCCGUGUCCGCCCCCAGCCACGCCGAAGGCCCCAUCUUCAAGUCCGUGCCGCGCUUGCUGUCCGAGCCCAUGGUGGGCUACCGCUCCAAGCAGUCCUCCCCCGCCACCAAGACCAGCAAACUCGAGCGGAACUCGCCGCACAUGAUGGAGCGGCGCGCGGACAACGAGAUGACCGAUAGUUUCAAGGUGCGCUCGCUGGGGGCGGCGGUGCCGGUGCACCAGUCGCCCAAGCACGGCGGCAGGAAAGACAUGAAGUUCUUCCUGAAGUCGCCGCUGAUCAAGAGGGACACGAAGAUACAGCUGGAGAGAGGAGGGUCGAAGGAGAAGCCCGAGAGGAUCAACUCGUUGGAUGGAACUCAUGUUUAGAUAAUUUUAUGUCUUCGGUGUUUUUCUUUCGGGGGAAGGGCGAAUUGAUUCUAGUCAUUUUUUAUUUAGUUUAGGAAAGAUGGGACCAAUUGUUGAUGGGGUUUGUGAAGGGUUUGGAGAGGGUUGGUGUUGUAAAUAAAUGUUGAUGUAUU